AUGUACAAUCCCUACCAGGGCGGCUUUCAGGGCAACUACCAACAAACAGGUGGUUUCCAGGGCCAGUACGGUUUCCAGGGCCAGCAGCAGCCGCAGCAGCAGCAACCUCAGUAUGUGCAACAGCAGCAGACUGGCUUCUACCAGCAGAACCAGCCCCAACAGCCUGGUCUCUUUCAGGGUCAGCAGACGGGCUUUCAGCCUCAGCAAACGGGGUUCCAGCCUCAACAGACUGGAUUUCAACCUCAGUUUCAGCAACAGCAGCCUCAAUUGAACCAGCAGGCUACUGGGUUCCAGCCUCAGCAAACUGGCUUCAAUUCGGGAUAUGGACAGCCUUUGACUGCUCAAAAGACUGGGUUUACCGCAGCUCUUGGCUCUGUUAGUGAAAAUAACGAGUUGAAGAUUCCUAGUAUUCGUUUGUCGUUUAUCAGUGCCGAGGAGCAGACCAAGUUCGAACACCUCUUCCGUACGGCUGUUCCACAGGGAGAGAACUCUAUUUCUGGUGAUGGUGCCCGUGAUAUUUUGUUGCGUUCGGGCUUGCAGCCUGUUACUUUGGCUGAGAUUUGGACUCUUGCUGAUACGAACAAACUGGGUGCUCUCUUGUUCCCUGAGUUCGCCUUGGCCUUACACUUGUGCAACUUGUCCUUGAAGGGUGAGCCUUUGCCUGGUGUUUUGCCAGAGAGAUGGGCAAAUGAAGUUCAGAGCUUUGUGGAUGCUAUCAGUUUCGCUGUUCCUGAAGAUCCAAACAAGAUCAUGGCCAACACGCCUUUUUCGUCGUUUGCAGCUUCUAAGCCUGCCCAAAGCGAUUGGUUGGACAGUCAGCCUGUGAACCAGAACUUCUCUGGCGGUGCUGCUGCUCCCCCACCAACUUCUUUCACUGCCCAGCCAACUGGUGGUCUCAACUCUUUGACUGCUCAGCGUACUGGUGGUGGUUCCUUCGUUGCCUUGCAACCUCAGCAAACAGCCAGCUUGGUGCCAGCUCAGUCCUUGCAAUCGCAGAGAACUGGUCCUCUUCAGCAACAAACCACUGGUUUCCAGCAGCAGCAACAACAGCCACCUCAACAACCGCAAUUGACAUCCCAACGCACUGGCUCAGGACCUUCUGGUGGUUUUCAACCACAGCAAACCGGUCUUCAACCACAAGGCACUGGAUUCAAUGGUGCCCAGGGUCUUCUGCAACAACGUACUGGUGGCUUUCAGCCUCAGCAGACUGGUGGCUUCCAACCUCAGCAGACAGGCGGCUUUCAACCACAACAAACCGGUGCUUUCCAACCGCAGCCAACUGGUGGCUUGUUGCAGUCCCAACCUACUGGUAAACCAGGCCAAUGGGGUUUCGUCCACACUCCUACUGGUGGAAUCCCAGGCUUAAACGCUAUGGAACAGCAUUUCUUGCCUAAUGCCCAGAUGAACACCAACAAUUUGCAGAACGCUAUGGGAGGCUCCUUGAAGAGUAACGUCACUUGGGCCAUCACCAAGCAAGAAAAGCAGAUUUAUGACGGUAUCUUUGGUGCUUGGGAUCCUGAUAGAAAGGGUUUCAUCCAAGGCGAUACUGCAAUUGGUAUUUUUAACAAAUCUGGUUUGAGUAGACCAGACUUGGAAUCCAUUUGGAACUUGUGUGAUGCAAGCAACCGUGGUAAGCUUAACAAGGACGAGUUCGCUGUUGCCAUGCAUCUUGUUUAUCGUCGUUUGAACGGCCUCGAGAUUCCUUUGAGGUUGCCACCAGAGUUGAUCCCUCCUUCUGCCAAAUACUUGCAGGACUCAGUCGACUCAUUGAAGAACUCUUUGAAAGGUGGCUCCAAGGGCAAGCCUCAGGCAGCCAAACCAGCUACGACCGCUUCGAGAUUUAGAAACAAUGAUGACGAUAUGGGAUAUGUCUCAAACUCCCGUCAUCGGAGUAGAAGACCUACCGAAGAGGAGCCAAGCAGUGUUCAAUCCUCAAAGUCUCGUGAUUUGAGUAUUGCUGAAUUGAAGAAAUUGAUCAGAGAGAAGCAAAUCUUAUUGGACGCUGUCAACUCUGAGGACCAGCAUUCAUCUAUUGCAAACAAGCAAUCUGACGACUACAACACUAGAUUGGUCGAAGGCUUGAAAACUCAGAUUAGAGAAACUGAAUCGAAAUUGAGUAAAGUUGCUCUUGGUGGUUCCCAAUCGGAGAAAAAGCAACUUUUUGAGAAACUCAACCAUUUCACGAAGGAUAAAGUGCCAACUUUGAUUCAAAGGAUUUAUAAGGUAAACCAGGAUCUUUCUAGAACGAAGACCGAAGUUGCUAAGGCUAAGUUGAAGAAGGAGUACCCAGAUUGGUCUCCUGAAGCAGGUGACCUUGACAUUGUCGGAACUGGUCCUAAUGGUGAGGUUACCGAUACUGAUAGAAGGAAGCAUAAGUCAAAGGCUCUUUUGAGACAACGUAUGGCUGCGUUGACUGGUAAGUCUUAUUCUGACGGUAGCAACAAGGACGCCGAUAACAAGCUCAAGCAAAUUGCUGAGAGUGCUUCAAAGGAAUGUGAAAGCGAGUCAUCUAUGAUCAAAGAUAUUGAAACAAGUAUCAAGGACUUGGAAGAUGGUGCUGCUCUCCAUCUUCAGGUAUCAGUCAAGGAUGAGACUGGUAUCGAGAAAUGGGAGAAUGGUGUCGGUGUUUCUCAGGCUGUCAAGCGUUUCAUUGAAGAGUUGAAGGAAUUUGAGCGUAAGCAAGCGAAGCCACAGACUCUGUCCAGCAAUGACUACUUUGGUGCCGCCAAGCCAACUGCAAAUUCCGGCCAGACGCCUCAGAGUCAGACUUCCUCGAAGAGCACAAGUGCCGUGUCGUCUCCAGCUGCCCAUAGAACGCCAGAGGAGAGACAAGCUUACAUUAAAGAGCAGGCUCAAAGGAAGAUGAAUGAGAGAUUGGCUAAGUUAGGCCUUUCUAGAAAGGGACAACCCCCAAGUCUGCCAAGUGCAUCCUCUCCAAAACCUUCUUCACCAAAGCCUGCCUCUCCUGUCAAGGCGCCAGAGCCCAAGCCCCAGGAGCCUCAGCAGCCUCAGCAGCCCCAGCAGUCUCAGCAGCCUCAGCAGUCUCAGCAGGUUAAUGAAGCCCCCAAGGCGCCGGAACCUGCUAAGAAGGAAGAAGAAGAUUCCAGUGAUGAUGAUGACGAAGAGUAUGCCCAGCUCAUGAAGCAAAAGAAGGAACUAGAAGCAAAGAAGCUCAAGAAGAAGCAAGAAAAGGAAGCGAGACUUGCCAAGUUGAAGAAGGAGAUGGCUGAUAUGGAAGGAUCGAGCGACGAUGAAGCACCAGCUCCCGCUAAAGCAUACAAGCCUAGCAGCAACAAGUCAACACCAGCCACUGAAGCUCCAAAAGCGGAAGAGCAGAAGCCACAGCCCGAAGAAGAGAAGAAGGAAGAGCCUGCUCAAGCUGCCAAUGGACCUCACAAGAGCAACCCAUUUGCCAGAUUUGGCACUGACUCUGGUAAGGCUGAUCAGGGAACUGGAACUCCAAAGUCAGCCCAAAACACCAAUCCAUUCUUCAAGCCUCAGCAAUCCCAAGCUCCUGUUGACCAAAAGCGCAUGGAGGCUCAGAGAGCAUCCCAAAGGGGAUUGGGAAGUGACGAUUGGAGUGAUGACGAAGCCAACUCCUCUGAUGAUGACGAGCCAAACAGAGCUGGCGCUGCCAAGUUGGCCAGUUUACUCUUUGGCGGCAUGCCACAGCCAGUUGCAAGAAACCCUACUGGCAAUGCAUCUGAUUCACAACAAAAGGCUGCUGAACCUGCUCAGGCUCCACCUCAAGAAGCUCCUCAAGAAGCUCCUCAACCUCCUCAAGCGCCUCAAGCAGCUGAAGCUCCGCAGGCCCCAGAAGCUCCUCAGGCCCCAGAAGCUCCUCAACCUUCUCAGGCUCCACCUGCUCCUGAAGCUCCACCUGCUCCACCAGUGGGUGAGCAAAAUGUUCCUGGUGCUUUCUCUGCUGGUGGUGAGGAAGAUGAAUCUUCAGAGUUCGACUCCGAUUCAACUGACGAAUUUGCUACACCUUCGCCUCCUACUGCUGCCGCCAGACAAGGUAACGACGAUGUGCCUCCUAUCCCAGAUCAGGCUCCUCCAGUGCCUGAUGUAGCUCCGCCUGUGCCAUCGAGCAUCCCACCUCCACCUAUUCCUCAGGAGGCUCCUCCAAUUCCUCAAGAGGCUCCUCCACUUCCACUGCAGGCUCCUCCUCCACCAUCUGGUGGUCCCCCACCACCUCCACCACCCCCUGCUGCUGAGGUGCCACCAGUUCCUACGGGCGGUGCUCCUCCUCCACCUCCACCUUCGUUCCUCUCUGGACCUCCUGCCCCACCUGAUCUCGGUGGAGCUAAGUCUGGUCCUCCACUGGGAGGUGCUCCAAACAUUGGUGCUCUUUUGGGUCAGAUCCAAGGUGGAAAGUCUCUUAAGAGAGUCGACGACAGCCAGAAGCAUGUUGCCGAUGGUGCUACUGUGGGUAGAGUGCUUUAA